CUCAAAACAGUAAUUCAACACUACGGCCCUAUAAGAGACCACGCAGAUAAAAGCAGUACAAUCCAUUGGCCAAUCAUGCUUUUCAAGUAGUUAAUGUAUUCAACAACUCUGCCCUAUAUAUAUCAUUUCUACCUCACCAAAACCCAAAACAAAAGCAGAGGAAGGAGCUCACGAGUGUCUCCCUUCUUCCUCAAAAAGAACAACAGAAGAGAAAAACAAAUCACCUAAACCAGACCCAUGUCUCAUGAUACUAAGAUCCUCUGUUCCAUUUUCCUACUCCUCCUUCAAUACCAAUUCCAAUUUUGCACCCCCACUGACACCAUAAACAACACCCAGUCCCUGAAAGAUGGUGACUUGCUCAUCUCCAGCAAUCAAACCUUUGCCCUGGGGUUCUUUACCCCCGGAAAAUCGACAAACUGGUACCUCGGAAUGUGGUACCACAAGGUUUCCGAGCAGACCGUUGUCUGGGUCGCCAACAGGGGCGACCCAAUCAACGACACAUCCGGUUCCCUCUCAUUUGACGUCACGGGAAACCUGGUCGUAACCGGUCCAGACCGGAGCAAUCCGAUCUGGUCCACAAAUGUUUCAGAUCCGACGCUGGCAAAAAACUCCUCGGCUCAGCUACUGGAUUCAGGAAAUUUGGUGGUGCUUGAUAGCAAUGGGGUAGUUGUGUGGCAGAGCUUUGAUUAUCCUACGAAUACUUUGCUUCCCAACUUUAGAUUCGGUGUGAACCGGAAAACCGGUCUGAACCGGUUCGUGACAUCUUGGAAGUCGGGCGAUGACCCGGAACCCGGGGAGUACUCUUUGAAAAUGGACCUUAACGGGGCUCCUCAACCGUUUCUGUACAAGGGUUCGGAGCUGGUUUGGCGGGUGGGUUCGUGGAUAGGGCGCGAGUGGAGCGGUGUACCCGAGAUGAAAAUGGACUACUUCAACCACAGCUACGUCGAAAAUCAGGACGAGGUAAGUAUGACUUACUCUAUUCUUGACCCCUCGAUUUCCGUGAGAAUGGUGCUCAACGAAUUCGGGACGCUUCAGAGGUUGACGUGGAACGAUAAUGAGCAUAGAUGGGUUGAGAUUUACACAGGUCCGAAAAAACCCUGCGACUCCUACAACUACUGCGGCACAAACGGUUACUGUGACCCGUCCAACUUAGUCAAGGGCCAGUUCGAAUGCACAUGCCUGCCCGGGUUCGAGCCCAAGUCGGCACACGACUGGUAUCUGAGGGACGGGUCGGGCGGGUGCGUGAGGAAGCGGGGCUGGCACGUGUGUGGGGGCGGCGGGGGCUUCGAGAAGGUGCCAUUUGCGAAGGUGCCGAACCCGUGGACGGCACAUGUGGAUAGGGGUGUGAAGGGGCUAAAAGAGUGUGAGUCGGAGUGCUUGAGGAAUUGCUCGUGCAAUGCGUAUGCGAGUGCGGAUGUUUCUCGCGGGGACAGUGGAUGCGUGACGUGGCACGGGGAUUUAAUGGACUCCAGAGUGUUUACAAGUGGGGGCCAGGAUUUAUAUAUUCGGGUUGAUGCUGUUGAACUAGCCCAAUAUUUGAAGUCUCAACAACACUCUCAUGGGAAGAAGCAGGGAAUGGUGGCAGCUAUAGCGGCCUCAGUUACUGCGGUUUCGCUUCUCGCAUUCUGCUUAAUUUGUUGGUUGGUGGUGAAGAAAAGAAGAGGAAUAAGAGAACAACAACAUUUAUUAUUUAGUCCCGACACUACAACAUCCCUUGAAGCCUCCUCAAUGGGAAAACACUUCGAUGAAAGUGGCACAAAUCCAGAAUUAUCAUAUUUUGACCUAAGCAUCAUUGUCUCAGCCACAGGCAAUUUUUCGUUGGAUAACAAGCUUGGUGAAGGUGGAUUUGGCACCGUGUAUAAGGGUCGGCUACCUAAUGGACAAGAAAUCGCAGUCAAAAGGCUAGCAAAGAAUUCAGGACAAGGGGCGGAGGAAUUCAAGACCGAAGUUACAUUGAUUGCCAAACUGCAGCAUAGGAACCUAGUGAGGUUGCUGGGAUAUUGCAUUCAAAAAGAUGAGAAAGUGUUGAUCUAUGAGUACUUGCCAAACAAGGGCUUGAACUCUUUCAUCUUUGAUAGGACAAAAGGCUCGUCUAUAGAUUGGAAAAUGCGCUUCAACAUUGUUUUGGGGAUCGCUAGAGGGCUAUUAUACCUUCACCAAGACUCUAGACUAAGGAUAAUCCAUAGGGACCUAAAAGCUAGCAAUGUGUUACUAGAUGCAGAAAUGAAUCCGAAAAUAUCGGAUUUUGGUAUGGCUAAAAUUUUCGGAAAGGACCAGAUCGAAGCUAAUACAAACAGGGUGGUCGGAACAUACGGCUAUAUGUCACCUGAGUACGCAAUGGAAGGGCUAUUUUCAGUAAAAUCUGAUGUUUUCAGCUUCGGAGUUUUGCUCUUGGAGAUCAUUACUGGCAGGAAGAACAGCAGCUAUAUUCAGGACAAUUCUGUGAACUUAAUUGGGCAUGUUUGGAGCUUGUGGCAAGAAGGCCGGGCUGUGGAAAUAGUUCGUUCAUGGAUGACCGAAUCAGAUUCGGAUAAAGAAGUUCUCAGGUGCAUUCACAUCGCCCUGUUGUGCGUGGAAGAAUCAGCCAACGAUAGGCCAAAUAUGUCGGAAGUUGCUUUCAUGUUGUGCAACGAAACAGCACUGCCUCCCCCUAAGCAGCCUGCUUUCAUCUUCAAAGGAGCUGACAACAGGCCGGACACGUCCUCAUCGGCAAGGGCUGGAGCAGUUUCUAUAAAUGAUGUUACGCUUUCGGCUAUUCAAGCUAGAUAGGUGCUGAAAAAUUACAUAGAUGUGUUCUUGCUUCCUCUUUCACCAAAAUUAGAUGUCUUCGGCAUUUGUUUGCGGGGGUGGCUGUAACUGUAUAUGUUAGUAGUCACAGUCUCACAGAGGACGUGUUUGGAGCCUCACGUAGCUGUAAAUUAGAAAUUAACAUUCUUUUUUGAAUUCCUUUGAAUAAAAAAAAACUUACAUAGAGUUGAGGAAGGCAUAACUUCCAAUUACAUCAAAA